AUGAGUCAGCAGCGGCCAGCGAGGAAAUUGCCCAGCCUUCUCGUGGACCCGGCGGAGGAGACCGUUCGCCGCCGUUGCCGAGACCCCAUCAACGUGGAGGGCCUACUGCCAUCAAAAAUAAGGAUUAAUUUAGAAGAUAACGUACAAUAUGUUUCCAUGAGAAAAGCUCUAAAAGUGAAGAGACCUCGUUUUGAUGUAUCAUUGGUUUAUUUAACUAGAAAAUUUAUGGAUCUUGUCAGAUCUGCUCCUGGGGGUAUUCUUGACUUAAACAAGGUUGCGACAAAACUGGGAGUACGGAAACGGAGAGUAUAUGACAUCACCAAUGUCUUAGAUGGAAUCGACCUAGUUGAAAAGAAAUCUAAGAACCAUAUUCGGUGGAUAGGAUCUGAUCUUAAUGAUUUUGGAGCAAUACCCCAGCAAAAGAAGCUACAGGAGGAACUUUCUGACUUAACAGCAAUGGAAGAUGCUUUGGAUGAAUUAAUUAAGGAUUGUGCACAGCAGUUGUUUGCAUUAACAGAUGAUAAAGAAAAUGAAAGACUAGCAUAUGUGACAUAUCAAGAUAUUCAUAGCAUCCAAGCCUUCCAUGAACAGAUUGUUAUUGCAGUUAAAGCUCCAGCAGAAACCAGAUUGGACGUUCCAGCUCCCAGAGAAGACUCUAUCACUGUACAUAUAAGGAGCACAAAAGGACCUAUUGAUGUUUAUUUAUGUGAAGUAGAACAGGAAGAUACAAGUAACAAAAUGUCUGAAGAUGCAGGGACCUCUUCAUCUGAAAGCAAACCUCCAGAACACCGUGAUGAAGAAGAAAAUCCUCCUCAGCAAAGUGAGGAAUUGCUUGAAGUGAGCAACUGACUACCUAGAGCAUUUGAGAAUUCAUGUAUUAAGUUCUUUUGGAAUAUCCAGUAUGGAAGAAUUGUGCAU